AUGUGUCGUUUCCUCCAAACUGGCUGCACAAGGCACCUGGACAGUUUCUACACUCCAAUGGGCUUCCUGAUGGGUACAGUGCAACACACCCUAGUUCCUGAGGGCACAGGGCGAAAGGGGGUCACAAACUCCAAGCUGCUGCUCGUUGGGCCCAAACGGCCGAUGGUGUCACGGUGGACCAGUUCAGCUACUCACAGAUACCCGGAAGUGUUAUCGUUGUUCUACCCUGGUACCGUUCUUCUAUUGGGCCUUCAUACAACAGACACUGUAAUUGUACACGUUUAUGUGUUCAGUGCUGCAAGAGGGGAGAUUUUUAACCAGUGUGUGGCUGAGAGGGACGAGGCCUUUAAAGAAGUGGAUGUGAAGAGACUGAUGAGACAGAUUCUGGAGGGUGUGGCCUUCCUUCACAAGAGCAACCUGGUACACCUGGACCUUAAACCUCAGAAUAUCCUCCUCACUAGUGAGUCUCCUCUCGGGGACAUAAAGAUUGUGGAUUUUGGCCUGUCGAGGUUGGUAAGCAGCAGUCAAGAGAUCAGAGAGAUCAUGGGCACACCCGAGUAUGUGGCACCAGAAAUCCUGAAUUAUGAGCCAAUAAGUACAGCAACUGAUAUGUGGAGUAUCGGUGUCCUCGCAUAUGUGAUGUUGACGGGCAUCUCUUUUUUUCUGGGGGAUGAUAAACAGGAGACCUUCCUCAACAUCUCCCAGAUUAAUGUCAGCUACACUGAGGAAGAGCUGGAGCACCUGGACAAAGCAGCUAUUCACUUCAUAAAGUCCCUGCUUAUCAAAGAACCAGAGAACUGCUUCACAGCAGAAGAGUGUCUCGAGCACCAGUGGCUUCAGAUCAAAGAAGAAGAAAAGGACGGGAGUACAUCUGAAAGCGUCUCUGAGCCUGCCAGCUCGGGGACCUCCAGCCACGAUGAAGAAGCAGAGGAUGAAGAGAGCUCUCAGGUGACAGAAGAGCUCAUCGUAAUGGCAGCUUACACCCUGGGUCAGUGUCGACAGUCCUCUGAUAAAGAGACUCUGACCCCCGACCAGAAGGCCAUCUCCAAACGCUUCAAGUUUGAGGAACCCUUCUCAGCCCUGCAGGAAGUUCCUGGAGAAUUCAUCUACUGAUUCCAGUUCAGCCAGAUAGCUGCUACGCUCCCAACUAAUGCCGCACUUCAGACAAGAAACCUUUUCUAUGUCUUUUCUUUUCACUCACCUCAUGAUUUAAACUUGUAAGCCAAACAACUUUUGUCUUUUGUCUUGCUGGUUGCUCUUGUUUCUUUUGUUUAAUGUUUGUGCUGCUUAUAUUUACAGACGACUAAGCCUUGCUGUGACUCUCUCACUUUUCUUGUUUUUAUUUCCUUUAGGUGCCAUGCUUAUUUGUUAUUGGUAACACAUAUUAAAGUUAUUAUUUUUGAUGAUAAUAAUUUUGUUCGUUUUCUUCUGGGUGCGUUUCGAUGCAUCUUUGUACAAAUUAUUUUUUUGUUUGACUUUUUAGGUUUUGUUGUUUCUACAAGUUUGUUAAAGAUUAUAAAGCCAUUUUAUGUGUCCAGCUUCUUUCAGGUCUUUCCUUGGUAAAAAAAAAGCUUCCACAGCAAUAACAAAACGUGUAAAUGUUUCCUUGUUUUGUUUUUUAACUCAUGUUAGAGUUAUAACUAUAAAUUGAUUUGUCACUAUAAAGAAUAUUUUUAAUGGCAACAUAUUACAAGGAGACUGUUCUGAUGCUGUAAAUAAAAGUUUGUCUUUACAGCAGUGACUUAUUAUUUUUUGGUUGGG